CAAGCCAAUAUGAAGAUUCCAGCAUCCACUGCUCUUGCUGUAAUGGCAGUCUUUCUGCCGAUAGUAACCUGUGCUCCAGCAGGAGACGCCGAGGAGGAAGACGACCGAUCUUGCGCAAAAAGGGACCAAGAGGCCAAAGAAGUGGGAGAAACAGUCGUCCAAAACUGCAAUUACUGGUGCCUCCCAAACAAAGACAACCACUACCACUACGUAAAUAAGUACUAUCCCGAGGGCACGAAAUGCGAGUACGGAUGGGGCCUGCAAAGCUUGUGUAUAAACGAGGCUUGCCAUCAUCCAGAGAGUGAUACCUAUAAGGAGUACGUGUCGAAGAAUUCACGAAAGGAUAAGGUGCCACCAGGAAAAAAGUCUGGAAAAACACCAAAGACUCCAACAGGCGAAGAGGAACCACCUGUGACGCCAGACAAGGCGGAUGAGGAAGCUGAACAGAAUGAUAAACAAGACGAGAAAGAGGAAGAUGAUGAGAAUGAGGAUAAUGACGAGGAAAAGGAUAAUGACGAGGACGACCAAUAUCAAUAG